CCUGUCCUAAAGCUGAAAAAUGGGCUGUGAUACUUUGUGUGAAAAUGUAUUUUGAACAGAGUUGUGACAAGAUAUUUUCGGGCUCCUGAUGGUCUUCUCCUGUCAUUCAGUUUGCAGUGAAGUGAUUCACUAAGAGUGUAAAUUGAGAAGCAUUUCAGGUUUAAUCAAUGGGACACUAAUCUGAUUGAACAAAUCCAGCAGUCAGUCUCUCAGUCUAAUGGUCUGAUCUUCACAGGAUUGUUGACUGAACUAGUCAAGACAAUCCAGAGCUCUGCUAAACCCCCAGGCUUGUGACCUGGAUAGCACUACAUGCGGAAUAAAACUAAGCCUAGAAUAAAGAAACAUGGCUGCCCAGACCACGUGCAGCACAUCAGAAGUGACGGGGAGGAGUUAGGAAGGGCUUGUUUUCUGGGACGUGAUGUGCAGCAUGGCCAUUGUUCAAACAAGAAAGAUCUUCAAGAGGAGGGCUUCCUCAGGCUGUUUAUGUCAAGCCAGAAACACAAGCUCCCCAGCUCCUCAGCCCAUCACAUCGCUCUCCCAGUGGAGCAAGAAGGCCUCGCCAAGGUAAUGGAUCCUGUAUCCAUCAGCGCUGCUUGGAGAAUUCUCAUCAGACGAAGCAGAGCGUUGCCCUGGUGACGCAACCGACGUGUCUGAUUGGGCGUUGGCUGCUCUUGGUCUGCUGAGAUAAGUGCAUUUCAGUUUGGGUGGAGAGAGAAGUGGGUGGGGUCUUCUAGACAGCGUGCAGGGAGAGAGAAACGACGAGGACUGAGGAGAACGGGAGUAGGAUGACAGGAAGUCUGGAUCUCUCAGCGUAGGAUUUCCUCUUCAUCACAGAGCUGGAGCUGAGGUGGAAUCCUGAUCUGUGUAACUGGAAGAACAAAGAAGGGAGUUUUAUAGUUUUCCUCAGUCAUGCAAAAGGCAGGGACGGCCCCGUCUUCCCGGGGUCCAAGUGCUCCUGGAUCCCCAGCCACCUCUAUUGUGGCACGAAUGGACAAUCAGGUCAUUGGAUAUAAAGACUUGGCCGCCAUUCCCAAAGACAAAGCCAUACUUGAGGUGGAACGGCCAGAUCUGAUGGUGUACGAGCCGCAUUUCAAUAUCUCAGCCCUGGAUCGAAUGGGUCUCUCCAGAAGCAGAGAGAGAUCAAUGUCACCUCAUUCUAUCUCGCCCCCUCCUUCCCCUGAGAUAUUUGCCUCAAAGGAGUCGAAGGAGUGGCCAGAGCAGGGGUCUCCAGGAGGAUCCAACAUGGGCUCCACGGUGCAGCUCCGCAAAAUCAGCUCUGCCUCCAAAGGCCCCAUGCAGCACUUCCACACACCAGACAGUGGCACCAACAUCUAUAAGAAGCCACCAAUUUACAAACACGACAGAGAGACUGUAAUGUCUCAUAAUAAACAGGAUGUCAUCAUUGAGUCCUCCAAGUUCCCAGCAGCCCAACCACCUGAUCCUAACCAGCCUUCAAAGAUAGAGACAGAGUACUGGCCCUGUCCACCCUCUCUAGCUACUAUGGAGAUCGAGUGGAGGAAGAAGGCAGCCGAGCAGGGAAAACCAGUGGAGGACGAUGAGUUUGAAGACCUGACUGAAGAUGCAAAGAGACUACAAGAACAGGAACUUCAGAAGAUACAGUCCAACUUGGGCAAAUUGAUCCUGAAGGAGGAAAUAGAGAAAUCAGUGCUCAUCCGUAGAAAAACACGUUCCCUGCCAGAUGGGACAAACAUACAUUUGGGAUCAUCAGCCAGUGCUACUAAAUCUGCCUCUUUACCUCCUUGCAGUCGAACAGGCCUCACAAGGCUGCAGUCCGCAGACUUUACCUCCACAGACAAUGGCAAACUAAAAACAGGUGUACAGAAUGGCGAUUCACAGAGUGGGAGAAUGGACAGAGGAAACUCUCUUCCUAGUAUUCUGGAACAGAAGAUAUAUCCAUAUGAAAUGCUAGUUGUGACCCACAGAGGGCGCAGUAAACUUCCUCCAGGUGUUGACAGAACCAGAUUAGAGAGGCAUCUGUCUCCAGAAGAGUUCGAGAGCUUAUUUGGAAUGUCCAUCACAGACUUUGAUCGUCUGUCACUAUGGAAACGGAAUGACCUGAAGAAGAAAGUGUCCCUUUUCUAACAUUUGGACAUUUUGGACUUGGACACUGAAACACUCUCCCUCCAGAGAUGCUAGUAAUAUCCACUCUAAUCUAAUACGGAUGCUAUGCAGACAUUUCAAGAUAAGCAAGGAAGGUGACGCAGCAUUACCAGAUGUUAUUUCAAUCACAUAUACAGCAGUCUCUCUCUCUCUCUAUAUAUGUCUCUGGUGUACAUAAUAAAGACAGGAUGAAGAUUCUCGCAUCCCCUACUGUCGCUCCAUAUCUGAAAACUGGGAUUAUUAGUGAUGGAAUAUCAAUUUCAUAAACUGCUCCAACCCUUUCUUUACGCCUUAUGUCUAUUUCAAAUUCUUAAAGUGCCCAGAGAAGUUUAUAAUAAUAGGCCUAUAUAUUUACACAAAGUUUAAAUUGUAAACCAUCACUUUUUUCAACUGUGUUCACUGAUAUUACACUAUAAACUUAAUUUAUUGUAUCCCAAACAUGUAUGACACUGUACAUAUCUCAUGUUAUUUUUGUCUGUUCCUGGUGUUGAUUCAGUUCAGUUUUAACAAUCACUAGAGGAACAGUUCUCACACCUAGAAGAAAUCAAAUGUUCUUUAUCAUUCAUUAAAAAAUGCAUGGACACUGAGUCUACAUAAUUUAUUGAGUUUUACCGAUAAAAGGCACUGCGAUAUAUGACUCCUAUUCAUGCUAAUAGCAGCAGUGUUAUAUUGUGGACUAAUAUGAAAUAUCUAAGCUCAGGCUCACUGGAAAGCUCUGGCUUUUGGUUCUCAUACACUGUUUUUGUGCUCCAUGCAGUAGGUUGUAAUUACUGAACAACACUAGAAGAUCUUUGUUCCACAUGAAGCCACUAGCAAUCCAUUUACUUGGAUUUUGAUGUCGAUGCAUACCUGCCUAGUUGCAUACCUGCUAUAGUUGGUCUCCAUUGUGGUGUCUUUUAAAAUGGCAUAGGUGUUAUCAAAUCAUGCACUGCUUAAUGGAGACCGUCCAACGAUUAUGUGUCUGGUCAUAGUUGUGUGUCUCAUCACCGUUUUUCUGUAACAAGUUUUUCUGUAAUGUUGAGAAAAUAAAAGCUUCAUGUUA